AUGAUACUCGCGGAGCCGAAGCCUGGGGCGAUCCGGGGAAGCCCCCCACUCCUGCGCAAAGCGAUUUCCUGUCCGGAAAUUGCGGGCUUGGAGCAAGAGGAACUGCUGUGGCAAUCGAUGCUGCACGGGGGAACAAGCUCCUGCUACUUCCAAGAAACGAUAUCAGCAUCUCGCGAUGAUGGCAACAUGAGCGACAUGGCGGUCGAGUGUCAGUCAAGUGCAGAUCAAGGCGAGGACCACCAGCACAUUAACCCCGAGGAAGAACUAUCUGCACACGCCGACGAGCAGCGGACUAAGCAGGCGCAGCAGCGCGCGGGACCCGAGGACUCCGAGCCUGG